CCAAGUCUGUGCACAGAAAGAGGGGAGGAAAACUCAGAGGGAAGUGGCCUCUCACCAAAACCGUUUACGUUCUCAAUACUGGCCAGAUUGAAACUGCCACUCCGGGAAGAGAGAGGCCCAGACCCAGAACUCCCACCUGUGUGAGGCUGUGUUGUGAGAAGUCUCUGUUCAGAUCUGCCCUGCCGUUUGGCACUCUCAGCUACCUCCCAGAGCAGGAUUGGAAGAGCUGAAGGGCCCUGAAGCCCCUCAUGAAUCCCCGAAAGAAGGUGGACCUGAAACUUAUCAUUGUUGGUGCACUUGGUGUGGGAAAGACCUCUCUCCUUCACCAAUAUGUACACCAAACAUUUUUCGAGGAAUACCAGACCACGCUGGGGGCCAGCAUCCUCUCCAAAAUUCUCAUACUGGAUGACACGACUUUGAAGCUGCAGAUCUGGGACACGGGUGGUCAAGAGCGGUUCCGCUCAAUGGUAUCAACAUUCUACAAAGGUUCCGAUGGCUGUAUCCUGGCAUUUGAUGUUACUGAUCCAGAGUCCUUUGAAGCCCUGGAUAUCUGGAGGGAUGAUGUCCUGGCAAAGAUUGUCCCUAUGGAGCAGUCAUAUCCCAUGGUGGUGCUGGGGAACAAAAUCGAUCUGGAAGAUAGGAAGGUGCCCCAGGAGGUGGCCCACGGAUGGUGUCAAGAGAAGGAUAUGCCAUACUUUGAAGUUAGUGCGAAGAAUGACAUCAAUGUGGUGCAAGCCUUUGAGGUCCUGGCCAGCCGGGCUCUGUUGAGGUACCAAGGCACCGCAGAGAAUCACCUUGUAGACUCCAUCAAGCUCUCUCCAGGCCAGCCAAAGAGCAGGUGCUGCUGAUCCUGGACUUCCUCCGUACUCCCAAUGACAGCUGUGCACCCAUGCCAAGCUCAAUCCCACCAGCCAGCCGGGGCUCAGCUAGGAGGCUGAGCGCUGCAGCAGGAGAGAACCGGCCCCUGAGAAACCAUGGGACUCUAGAUGACUCAAGCUCUUCUUGCUCCUCUCCCCGAACACAGUCCUGCUCAUCUCUGCAGACACGCUGCUCCCUUGAGCUACAGAUCUACGGCUUUGGACGGAGAUGCGGCUCUGAUUCUCUCAGCAGCCAGGACAUGGACCACUCCUGACAGGCAGAAGCCUAAAGGCCUGAGACUUCCCACAGCUUCUUCCAGGGAGAGCUGAGGGAACAAGUUGUCCCUCUUUCCUGGGUGCUCAAAUGGCUCCCCAUCCCUGAUGGGGCCUCAGUGUACCCAUCUGCCAAAUGAGACUUCCCAAGGUUCCCGGUAUCCCAGUGUGAUUUGAGGACCAUAGCUCCAUUAAAAUCCCACCUGCUGGCAUGGACACACAUGCUCGCUCCUUUGGGGAAUGUGUAUAUAUAUAUUUGGCUUUUCAAGACAGGGUUUCUCUGUGCAGCCCUGGCUGUCCUGGAACUCACUCCGUAGACCAGGCUGGCCUCGAACUCAGAAAUCCACCUGCCUCUGCCUCCCAAGUGCUGGGAUUAAAGGCAUGUGCCACCACCGCCCAGCUGGGGAGUAUUUUUGAUGCCUUCUAUGUACAUUGCACUGAAAUCUGGUGACAUACAAAGCAGACAUGAAUCCUUCACUCCCAGCAGACAUGAGCAGGGCAGAGGGUAGAAACUAGGUGCUAUUUUAAACAAAAGGAUCAAGAGGGCUUUCCUGUGAUGGUGACCGUUGCACGAGCUGCAGGAAGAGCCUGUCAGGAGAGGGAGCAGCAAGACCAAGCCCUGAAGCCAUGGACAGCGUGCUGUAUUAUAUGGGAAAAGUCUUUUCCUGAGGACUCAAAGCUGCUGUCUCAGAGAAGGCCAGGGAUAUCCUGUCCCCAGAAGGUACCUUGGUCAUUUGAUGACUGGCCACCAGGGGGCAGAAGUGUCCUCUGCUUCAAGGCCGAGGAGUUCUGGGGACACUUGAAAAGCUGGUGUUUGUGUCAAGAAAAUGGUUGAAGCUUGUUCCCAAGCCAUGGGAAAGUCGACCCUGGGCUAGCUGGGUAAAAAAAAAAAAAAAUCAAAUGUCCUGGGUGAAAACUUUAGGAUCCUUAAUUCAGGCAACAAAUCAAAAUCAGAGACAGAUCCACACAGCGAGGUAUUUGGAGAGCUAUGGAUUCUGUGUCCUGUACAUUUCAGAGUUAGAACCCGUUUUUAAUUCUGGCUUCACGCAGCACAGAUAGGGUGGCCCAUUCUAAAGGAGGUGGAAGAAUGAACUUUCAGGAUCUGCAAUGGUCAGGUUCAUACCUCCUGCCUUCCGCAGGCAUUCUUGUGUCCACAGAAGUCUUCCCUCCCGAGUUCCAAGCUGGUCAGAGGUAUUCAUCUCUAGGAAGCAACUGACUCCAAAGAUUUCACUGAAAAGCAGGUAGCCCAGGGGUACUAACCAGGGGCUCUAGGGACCCUGUCUGCCCCCGCCUAGCUCUGAUGUAUAAUGAUCAUCUCACCAUGGACAGCAGUCACAGAAACAGUGAGCCCUGUGUCCUUCAGAGAUGAACACUGGGCCCCCAUCACAUGUUGGCGUGGCUCUCCUGGAAGUCAGACUGUGGAGGGAUGUGUGGUAUGGGGUUACGCAUUCAGCAUCACGAUGAACGUAAGGACCAUAUCUAAGAGUACACACCAAAUAGUGUUUCCGUUGUUUUUAUCCUUUGUGGGACAAUAGUCCCUCUUGGUCUGUGGUACCAGUCUCAGUUACCCAUGGUCAACUGUGGACCAAAGAUAUUAAAUAGCAAAUCCCGGAAAUAAAUAACUUACAACCUUCAA